CAAUCACAAAGAAGAAGAAAAAGACAGCUUCUGUUUGCUCGCUGUUUGUAUCAAAAGCAUCACCUCCUAGGCCCGUGUCGUCGUUUUUCUGGUAUUAUCUACCGCCCAGCCAUCAUGUCGUCCAGAACAUUUUUCGUAGGAGGAAACUGGAAGAUGAACGGUGACAAGAAGAGCCUGGGCGACCUCAUAACGACCCUGAACACCGCAAGCCUCCACGAUGAAACCGAGGUGGUGUGUGGCGCUCCCACCGUCUACCUCGACUUUGCCCGCUCGAACCUGGAUGCCAGGAUCGGUGUUGCCGCACAGAACUGCUACAAAGUCGCCAAGGGGGCUUUCACUGGCGAGAUCAGCCCUGCGAUGAUAAAGGACUGUGGCGUGGAGUGGGUGAUUCUGGGCCACUCGGAGAGGCGUCAUGUGUUCGGGGAGAGCGACGAGCUGAUUGGUCAGAAGGUGGCCCACGCCCUGGAGAGUGACCUGGGGGUGAUCGCCUGCAUCGGAGAGAAGCUGGAGGAGAGGGAGGCUGGAACCACAGAGGACGUGGUGUACGCCCAGACCCAGGCCAUCGCAGACAACGUGAAGGACUGGAGCAAAGUGGUGCUGGCUUACGAGCCCGUGUGGGCCAUCGGUACCGGUAAGACAGCCUCACCCGACCAGGCCCAGGAGGUGCAUGAGAAACUGAGGGAGUGGAUCKGGGCCAACGUCUCUGAGGCCGUGGCCGACUCCGUCCGCAUCAUCUACGGAGGCUCAGUUACAGGGGCCAACUGCAAAGAGCUGGGCUCCCAAAACGACGUGGACGGCUUCCUGGUGGGCGGAGCCUCCCUCAAGCCAGAGUUUGUUGAAAUCAUCAACGCGCGUGCCUAGAGCGCACAAGAGCAACCCAACCUGCUGCUAGUAGUGUCCUGUGACUGUCCCUCUUCCCAGAGUCUCUGCGUGACAAUGUCUUACCUGUGUUUUUGUGUCUGUCAACAGGGUACUAUUUGACUCGCUUUGUACUACACUGUAGUUUAGGGGCCCGCCACAGUAAAAGUCCCAUAUUAAGAAUUCCAGAUUUCUCCAUUGGUUGAUGCAGAUGGUAUUCUAUGUGUUGAGGAUGGGACUUUUUAUUAUGGAACGGCCCUUUGGAUGCAAGUUCCUAACAACUGCUAUAUCAGUAUACAUUCUAAAAUAUAUUUUUCGGAUAUAUUAAUAAGCACUGCACUUGAUGUUCCACACUGGAUAUGUUUUCACUCACAACUGUAGAGGGACCAGGACUUAGUGUAUUGCUAGUGACUGUACAAGUUGCAUUAGUCACUAGAAGCACAGUCAUGCACGUGCUUGGCUUAGUCCUGCCCUUUCUCUCCUAUUGGUUGAAGCACAUGUCAGUAACAUUUUCCAGCAAAAGACUGUCAAGACCAGCCUUGUGGGUUUAAGACGACUUGAAUAAAUGGUUUGGUCUGUGCUGUGAA